UAGGUUAUGUUUGACAAACUCCACGCGGUUGAGACGUGAGUGGACGUGAGCCACUGGUGCAUCUUUUCCCUUCGCCUAACCAAAACAAGUGAUUCAUCAAGUGUUUCUGUUAACUCCAUUCCCCUGCAAUAAAUCCAGGAAAUGACGAGAUUCGCAAGAGCCAAGGGCUCCAAAGCCUCCAACGAGCGAUUGCCAGAUGAGCCCACCCCCUGGCACGUGAUGAAGCAACAGUUGGAGGAUUCAGUGGCUUCUAAACAAACCUCUCAAUCCCAGAAGACGAAGUCUGCGAAGGAACUCUUGAAAGAACGAGACGAGCCUUUCUACUGUGAUCUGGGUGCUGUCAAUCACGAUUGGGCGGAGUUUCAGCCAGAAAAAGUGAAACCGUCGAUCAACAAACAAUCUAAAGACUCCACUGGAGCCCCUGCAGGUGGGAAAAACAAGAAAAAAUCUUUGGGAUCGAAUUUAGGAGACAAUAAACUCCCAGAGGCUGCAGUCAACCCUGAAAAUAGUCCCUCAUCUUCGAAAAAAUCAAAGAAACGAAAAUCAAUGAUAGAAUCAACUCCACAAGGACCUGCUGAGGCCUGUGAUGCCCCAGGGAAAAAUCAGAAAAUUAAUAAAGAAGAGAAUAAACUCCCAGAAGGUGCAGUCAACCCUGAAAAUAGUCCCUCGCCUUCGAAAAAAUCAAAGAAACGAAAAUCAAUUCACCCCAGUGCCUCAGAAAACAAUUCCCCAGAGGCAAAAAAGCCUAAAAUGAAUGAAGAGAAGUCACCAGCGCCCUCAGAAAAAUUCAAAAAUCAGAAAAAGGUGAAGUCACCAGCCCCUUCAACCCCCAAAGAGGACGAGGCCCCUGGAAACCCCAGUGUCAAGCUCAGCAAGCGUCAGAAACGAAACAGAAAGAACAGAAUAACCAGCUCAGGGGAUCAGUCGAAAAUUCCCGAGGGUAAAGACGACGACAGAAGGGCCUCAGGUGCCUUCAACACAGCAGGAAACGAGUGGAGCACUGAGAUAAAAUUCGGGAGCAAGAGGAAGGACAUCAGCUCCCCUGAGGACAGCAAACCCCCGGAUUCAGACAGACAGCAGAAUAAAUUCCAGAGUAGAAACGAGAGCCAAACCCCUGGAACGAGGAAUGGCUCCACCAGACUGCAGAGUAAAUUCGACAAUCAGAGGGUCGUGAAGAGGGGAAAGACAGCGAAGAUUCGAGACGACAAGGAGCACAAGAGGAGAAAGCCCACCCCAGGCACCACGAAAGUAAUAAUAAAUGGAAUGGAGAUUGAAAUAGUCAUGUACGACGGCUUCCCAGUGAAGAAGGAGGACGCAGAGAGGCUCCAGGAGCUGAGGAAGCAGAUGGUGAUGAGGGGAAUUCCAAAGUCGGAGAUCAAUGCUGCUAUGAAGCUGGAGAGGAGGAAGGCGGAGAAGGCGUUGUCGAGGGUCAGGAAGAACGUCUGCUUCCACUGCAGAAAGGCUGGGCACAAUCUCUCCGAUUGCCCUGAACUGGGGAAGGAGGAGGCUGCCACUGGGAUAUGCUUCAAGUGUGGAUCCACUGAGCACACACAUUUCGAGUGCAGGGUGACGAGGAAGGAGGAGUUCGGAUUUGCCAAGUGCUUCAUCUGCAGGGAGCAGGGACACAUUGCUAAACAGUGUCCUGAUAAUCCUAAGGGGCUCUAUCCGCGGGGAGGGGCUUGCAAAAUAUGUGGGGAUGUCACUCAUCUCAGGAAAGAUUGCCCCGAUCUUGCCCAGGGCAGGGAGGAGAAUGCUGUCACUGUGGGGAGGAUUCUGGAUGAGGCUGUGGAGGAUUUGGGCGGCGAGAGGAGGGGUGAGGAGAGCAGGGAGCAGAAACAGAAAGUCGUGACUUUUUGAGAAUUAUUUCAGAAGCGAAGCGGUAAACCGGGUUAAGGCGAUUUUGAC